UGGAGCGAGAAGAAGCCUGAAUGACUAGUGAAGCUAUGUCGAUUGUUGUGAAUGUCACUAGCUUAUCAAAUGUGGUAGCUCAAGAAAAAAAUCUGAAUGGGAGUUCGAGUACGAGCACUCAAGAUGAAAACAUACAUGAGAAAAUUAAGAAGGCAGCUCAAGAUGGGGAUAUAGAGAGACUCUACGAACUGAUAGCAGAAGAUCCAAACAUUCUAGGUCACUUUGAUGAAGUGCCUUUUUGCGAGACGCCACUACACAUUGCAGCUGGAAAAGGAAAAACUCAUUUUGCCAUGGAACUAAUGACCCUGAAACCGUCCCUUGCUUCAAAGCUAAACGUGUCAGGUUUCAGCCCCAUGCAUUUAGCGCUGCUGAACAACCAUACCCGAAUGGUGAGAGGUUUUGUAGCACUCGACAGCAGCUUAGUCAGGAUCAAGGGAAGAGGAAGGGUUACUCCUUUGCAUCACGUUGCUCGAAUGGGUGAUGCAGAGUUGUUGAGUGAGUUCUUGUUUGCUUGUCCUUCUUCCAUUGAAGAUCUAACGAUUAAGUGUGAGACAGCUGUGCACGUUGCCGUGAAGAACCACCAGUUGAUGGCAUUUAAGGUUCUAAUGGGGUGGCUCAAGAGAGUAAACAAGGAGGAAAUCUUGGACUGGAAAGAUGAAGAUGGUAACACCGUCUUCCAUAUUGCUGCGUCUAUAAAUCAUACUGAGGUGAUAAAGUCACUGCGUAAAACCGUCAAAUUAAAAGCCAAGAACUUGGAUGGCAAAACUGCAAUGGACAUACUACAAAAUUACCAAUCUCCUUGCUUUCCUAAAGGAAGAAGACUUCUCCGCAGUGUUAAAGAAAGACUACUUUCUGGUUCCACAAUGACUCUAGCAGAAUAUUUGAGAAAAAAUCUAACGUUUAUGGAGAAACGAAACAAAUUCUUGGGGAUGAGCAACUUGAGCUCAAUUGGAGAGAGGUCUCUGAAGACUAGCAAACGAAACGAUGCAAUACUUAUUGUUGCUGUACUGAUAGUAACUGCUACUUACCAGGUAGGUUUCAGUCCUCCUGGUGGAGUUUGGCAGGAAAAUUCCUCAAAUUCUACCGCUCACAAUGUUCACCACGCUGGACAGAUGACUAUGUCUUUUAACAUGGCCUUAUUUUUUCUUGCCUUCAACGGGGUUGCUUUCCUAUCAUCUCUAUAUGUGAUCAUGGUCCUCAUAAUUGGACUCCCGAUGUGGAAGUUAAUUUACUGUUCAGUGGCGGUCUUAAGUGUCGCUAUGUUAGCAUCAUACGCUGCUAUAUUCCCGACUCGAGACGGCCAGUUGGAAGGGAUAUCAGCUAUUAUCUUUAUCAUGGCCUUCCGAUUGACGAUAGCAACCAUGUUGUGUGCUACUUUCGUGGCCUUUACUAUUGAUAAAUGUCGUCGGCACCGAGUGGACUUCCCGGCGAGCUGCUUCUCCUCAUAGGAUACUUUUUUUUGGGUGAGAAUUCUUGUUUUGGUAAUGUAAGGAAGAAGUGUCUACUGGUUUGUUUGGCCAGAAAAGAGAAUUAGCUCUAGCCAAUAAAAAAAAUCUAUCAAAAAGUGUGUGAACACUGUAAAAA